AUCUUACAACGGUCACACUUUCAACUAGCAGUUUUCCAGAACGUUUGCAUUUGUUUUGUUUUGGGCAAAAUGGUCGGCUCCAACUUUGGCAUUAUUUACCAUCCAAGCGCUGGUGGUUCCUCGGGACAAGCCAACUCUGGUGGAGGUGGAGGAGGCGGCGCCUCUGGUGGUAGCAGCAACUUUAAUGCCAUUGCUGGCGGAGAUCGCACAGCUCCAGCUUCCCAUCUCAGCGACUUCAUGUUGCAGCUGGAGGAUUACACUCCUCUACUGCCGGAUGCAGUGACAUCGCACUACUUGAAUAUGGGCGGUUUCCAUGCGGAUGACAAGCGUAUUGUGCGCUUGAUUUCGAUUGCAACGCAGAAAUUCAUGUCGGACAUCAUCGAUGAUGCCCUGCAGCAUUCCAAGGCACGGACACACAUGCAGAACGCAAGCGCACCCGGCGGCUCCAAGGCCAAGGAUCGUAAAUUCACGCUCACAAUGGAAGAUUUGCAGCCCGCUUUGGCCGACUAUGGCAUCAAUGUGCGCAAAAUGGAUUACAGUCAGUAGACUGAAGAGAUUAUCGGAGACAAGUUUUUUAGUUUAUACAUUUAGUUUAAAUUCCACACGCAAGCAAUAAAAGCUCCGACAUAAGUUUAGUACAAUGUAAGCUGCUUAAUAUUUAUUUAAGGUAAAGCGUACAAAGCGCUUCCAAUAUCAGGAUUCAAAAUACCCGCUAGACAAUUAUUUGGAAAGGGUAUGAAUCAGCUAUUGGCAGAAGGCUAAAGAUAUUGUAUUAGCAUAUUUUGUAAGCCCUCAAAUUUUUUAAACAACUCUUUUUUUUUAAUUAAAAAGUUUAAGCCAUUAUUAUUCCUAAGAAUUUCUCUACGAUCGGAUAAUAAAUUAAAAAGAUAUUCAAGAAAUUUCUUUGAGCGGUUAAUUGCUUUAAAAAUGGGUAAUAAAUUUCAAAGUUACACAAAGAACAAUCAGUACAAAUGUUCUUAUCACAUAAAAUCGCGUUGAAAUGAGUAGCGGGUAUUUGACAGCCGAUCCCUUUCGACUUUCCUAUAUUUUAAGUUAAAGCGCCUUUUUGCGCCUCCAGUUGGAUUCCGACUUAAGCCUAAUACUUUCGAGGUUAUUGCUACAAGUCAUCAGAUCAUUGACACAUUAUAAACCGCUUCGCACUUCUGGCACUUCCUCCAGCCACCUUGAAAGCCAACACUCCGGUGAGCACUGUCACAAUAUAGCUGGGCAGCAAGGUGGCCCAAUAAUGUGCAUCCGCAUUGAGCAGCGUCAGCAGCGAGACAAAGAGAUGUGAGCCCACCACGUACGCAAUGUGUAAGUAGUUGUUCGUGUCGAA